UGUUUGGAUUGUCAAAUUAAUAUUUUAAUAGAAAUUGGAUGAGAAUGUAAAUUAGUGAAACAUCAAUGUGAAAAGCUGGAUUUUAUUCAUAUCUAAUAAAUUUAGAAUAAUUAAAUUACUAUCAUGGGUCACAAAAUAACAGUCGCUGUGUGCACUUUAAAUCAAUGGGCUUUGGAUUUCCAAGGAAACCUUGAAAGGAUUCUGCAGUCUAUUCAAGAAGCUAGGGAAUUGGGUGCUACAUAUAGAACGGGACCAGAAUUAGAAGUAUGUGGUUACAGUUGUGAAGACCAUUUCCAUGAAAGCGAUACAAUGCUUCAUAGCUGGGAAGUUUUAUUGGAAGUCAUGCUUUCACCAUUUGCUCAGGAUAUGUUAAUCGACUUAGGUAUGCCAGUACAACAUAAAAAUGUCACAUACAAUUGUCGGGUAGUUUUUUACAACAAAGAAAUUCUUUUAAUUCGACCUAAGAUGACUUUAUGUGAAGAUGGAAAUUACAGAGAAUCAAGGUGGUUUUCACCAUGGACAAAAAAACGUGAAACAGAAGAAUAUUUUUUACCAAGAAUGAUAUCAGAACGGACUAAAAGUAGUGUUGUACCUUUUGGAGAUGGUGUUAUUUCAACUAAGGAUACUUGUAUUGGCUUUGAAAUAUGUGAAGAACUUUGGAAUCCUGAAAGUAAUCACAUUCCUAUGUCUUUGGAUGGGGUUGAAAUAUUUUCUAAUGGCUCAGGCAGUUACAUGUCUCUAAGAAAGGCUUAUACGAUUGUUGAUCUUAUCAAAAGUGCCACAUUAAAAGCUGGAGGAGCAUAUUUAUUUAGUAAUCUUAGGGGCUGUGAUGGGCAAAGAGUUUAUUUUAGUGGUUGUUCAAAUAUUGCCGUGAAUGGUGCAAUUGUAAAUCGUGGUCAACAAUAUGCUCUGCAAGAAGUAGAGGUCACAACUGCGACAAUAGAUUUAGAAGAUAUUAGGUCAUAUCGAAAUGCAUUUAGAUCUCGCUCUCAUAGAGCAGCUAGUGCUCCUGCAUAUCCUAGAAUUAAAGUUGAUAUUUCUUUAACUUCUAAACGUGAUGUGCUAAUUGACAACCAUAAACCCAUUCAAUGGCAGUAUCACAGUCCAGAAGAAGAAAUUGCAUUAGGUCCUGCUUGUUGGCUGUGGGAUUAUUUAAGAAGAUCAGGUCAGGGUGGCUUUUUUCUACCUCUAAGUGGCGGAGUUGACUCAAGCAGCUCUGCUAUAAUAGUUUAUUCUAUGUGCAGAUUAGUUGUUGAUUCAAUCAGUAAAGGAGAUUCAAAAGUCUUACAAGAUGUGAGAAAAAUUUUAGGUGAGUCUGAUUAUGUACCAAAAACGCCACAAGAGAUGUGCAAUAGGAUAUUAGUCACCUGUUACAUGGGCAGUGAGAAUUCUAGUCAUGAGACUAAAUAUAGAGCAACAGUAUUGUCAUCACAAAUAGGAAGUUAUCAUUUUGCUAUCUCGAUCGAUGUUGCAGUCAGUGCGGUAUUAGGAAUUUUUACAUCUGUUACUGGUCUUGUACCUAAGUUUAAGACCAAAGGUGGUUGCCCGAGGCAAAAUUUAGCUCUACAGAAUAUUCAAGCUAGGUUGCGAAUGGUUUUAGCUUAUCUCUUUGCACAACUGAUGUUAUGGGUGCGAAAUAGGCCUGGUGGUUUAUUAGUUUUGGGUUCUGCAAAUGUAGAUGAAGCACUCAGAGGAUAUAUGACUAAAUAUGAUUGCUCUAGUGCUGAUGUUAAUCCAAUUGGUGGAAUUUCAAAGACUGAUCUCAAAUCGUUCCUGAUCUAUGCUAAAGACAAGUUCACAUUGCCAAUUCUUGGUGAAAUAUUGAGCGCUCCUCCAACUGCGGAGUUGGAACCAUUGGAUGAAUCUGGUCGAUUAGCACAAACUGAUGAGCAAGAUAUGGGAAUGACAUAUGCAGAAAUUAGUGUUUUUGGAAAACUUAGGAAGCAGUCCCAAUGUGGUCCUUAUAGCAUGUUUUGCAAACUAGUGUCAACUUGGAAGAAAGAUUAUACUCCUGCGGAAGUUGCUGAGAAAGUCAAACAUUUCUUUCGUUGUUAUGCUAUAAAUAGGCACAAGAUGACAGUUUUGACACCUUCAUAUCAUGCAGAAAGCUAUAGUCCUGAUGAUAAUAGAUUUGAUCAUAGACCAUUCUUAUACCGUGCAAAUUGGUGCUGGCAAUUCAAGGCAAUUGAUAAUGAGUUAGAUGAAAUAACGAAAAUGACAUCCAAAAAUUAUGAAAGUGAAAAAAUAGGCGAUAGUUAUAAACUCAUUACAUCUGGAAGUUCUUUGAAUACUUACAACUAUGAUCGACAAUUGUCAGGUAAAAAUUCAAUACUUAACAAAGUUGAAAAUACUUCUGUUAGACGUGUAAGAGCAGCUGUUCCAGUCUAAACAAUUUCCAAUUUUACACUUGUUACACUUUUAAAAAAAAUCAUUGCCUUGAUAUUAGAGAAUAGAAGUAAUAGGGAAUAGUUUUAAAAUAUUGACAAUGCUCUUUGUUAGUGAAUACCAGAAAUUAUUCGU